GUCAAAACCAGCAACUAUGGCAAGAACCAAACGUCCUCCGCCGGUUAUCCGCCCAGCUUCGAGAUUGCCUCCAGCUGGGCGAUUACGUCCAUUUACCGCCGGACCAGAUGCAAUUGCCUUGGGAAGUCUUGUCUCAAAGUACACGCUGAAGGCUCUCAACGACGAAGGCUAUAUCAACUGUACCGUGGAGUCCACAAACGGUGAACUCAAAAAGGCCCAUGGACACGGAGCUGUUAUUAGAAAGUUGGACAAACAAAAAGGACACCUAGAGCAGGCAGAACCAGUCCAUAUCCAUCCUUGUCUGCAACGCAGUCAAUGGGACCAGACUCUGGAUGACGAAGAUUGGAACGCCAUUUUGCCUUCUGUAGAGCUGGCCUCGCGGUUCUUGGACGAUCCAGCAAUCACACCAUUCUUCGCCGGCGUGAUGGGCAACUACACGAAACUGGACGAUCCUAUUCUCGAAAAGACCCACGGCAAGAAGUUUCAUCGGUGGGAUUACGACAACGCUGUGACCCAAGCUAAGGACGAUUAUGAGAAGACUUUGUUAGCGAUGAUGGCUCUGAGAGAGAAAAUUAUACUGGGAUUUGCCAAGAUGGAUAGUCAUGGUUGGACGAAAUGGAGCAAGAAUAGCGAAGUCUGCGCGGUCUGCAUUAACGGAGAGUAUAUGCAGAUACUCCGCGAGGAUCCCGGAUGGGGAGCUCAGAGGUGGUCGCAGCCCUGGUCACCCGGUACCGACGAGCCAUCAGCCAGGUUACGUACCAGGUAUCUACUCGCAGUGACCAUCGUACACGAAUUUGCCCACUUUGUGGGUAGAUGUCAGAAACACUUGACAGACCCAGGAGACGAAAAUGGCCCCGAACCAUUUCUACGCGACUUUCCAUAUAACGAGCUUGGCUACGACCUCGAGAACAUGAUAUUCUCAGGUUGGGUCGAGCCAAACGGAGCAGGCAUACACGGGUCGGCACCCUAUGGUCUGAACAUUGUACGAUACCCAGGUACUGAAGGCACGACACCGUACCCAAGAGGCCAAGCUCGCGAUUGGUCAGUAACCUGGGACACUCGAUAUCCAGUGCACAUGGAUUUCUGCAAGAAAAUGUUCACAAAAGACUUUUGGAACGGAGAAGUUGCCAGAUACGGAUUGUCUCGUUGUCGUCCGGAAAAGAAGAAGGGAGUUAGGAGUUACCGCAAGUUUUUCGAUGUGGCCGAUCCACUGGAACAAGGUCUGAGUCCAAAGUCGCUGGCUCUGCAUCGAUCUGAGAAGGAUGGUAGAGCUACCGUGAUAGAAGCCGCGAUCAUGGCUGAGAAAAUUGACUCCAGCGACACAGACGAUGCGGAUGAGAAUGGCAUUGUCAUUAGAGGCAAGCAUAGGAGGGCUCAGGAGAAACAGACUGGUGAUGUUCAAUGUGAAAUGAACGAAACAGAAUUGACACAGCCAAGGCUGGCCCGGUCAGCUGUGGUCCAGCCAGCGUCUAGCAACGAUACAAUAUCCAGUUCACCAACACAAGACGCAGAGCAACCCAUCACCAACACCGUAGAACAACACCUCGCACCCACGGAUGGAGGCGUUGCAGCNAUGAGACUUCUCCUGGCGGCAUUCGUCUUUGAAACACUGCUCUGGGGCUUUCCUCUCUCCUUUGGCGUCUUCCAGGACUAUUACUCAAGAACUCCCGAGUUCGUGGGUAAUCCGUACAUACCUGUGGUGGGCACUGUAGCUUCUGGAUUGGGGUACCUAGGUGCUCCGCUGAUGAUGCUGAUCAUUCAGCGUUUUCCACGGUAUCGUCGGUAUAUGAUAUGGAUUGGAUGGCCCAUCUGUAUCCUCGGUCUCGCGUUAGGCUCCUUUGCCACUUCUCUUGAAGCAUUGAUCGCAUCCCAAGGAGUAGCAUACGGCUUGGGAUUUUUGAUCUUCUACUAUCCCAUUCUUUCGAUGGUGGAUGAGUACUGGAUUGCAAAGAGAGGCAUGGCUUAUGGCAUCCUUUGCGCCGCAUCCGGACUCUCUGGAAGUUUUAUGCCAUUCGUGCUCCAAGCACUGCUCGACGCCUAUGGAUUCAGGAUCACGUUGAGAGCAGUAGCUGUUGCACUGACAGUGCUUACAGGUCCUUUGAUACCGUUGUUCAAAGGACGUUUGCCAGUGUCAGGGAACACUGCGAGCAGANNAAAAAUCAACUGGGCGUUUCUUCGCCAACCAAUGUUUUGGAUAUACUCUGUUGCAAACACGUUGCAAGGAUUUGGGUACUUCUUUCCUGGGUUGUACUUGCCUUCGUUUGCAUCUUCGCUGUCUCUUAAACCUCAUAGUGGAGCGAUACUGCUGGCGGCAAUGAGCGUAUGCCAAGUGUGUAGUCAGUUCACGUUUGGCAUGCUGUCGGAUAGGAAAGUGUCGAUAAACAUUUUGGCCUUCUCGUCAACGGCAAUGGCAGCGAUUGCGGUGCUUGGCAUUUGGAAAGUGGCAGCAUCUCUGCCGGUGCUCAUCGUUUUUGGAAUAUCGUAUGGAUUCUUCGCAGCAGGGUUCACGGCGAUUUGGGCAAGAAUCACCAGUUCGGUGACGGAUGAUGUUGGUACUGCACCUGUGGUGUUUGGACUGUUGAACUUUCAAAAGGGGUUAGGGAAUGUACUUGCGGGGCCUAUUGGAGGUGUCUUGGUUGACNNGCGGGGGGGAGGAAUGGGAGGCGGGAUGUAUAGGUGGGUGGUUGUGUUCACAGGUGCGUGCAUGGCCGGAAGUUCUUGUUUGAUCUUGUUGCGUCAAUCACAGCACAAGACUGCCAAUAUGCCUACCGAACUUGAAGAGCUCGUCGAGUUCCUCCACCAUGGAAACACCCAGAUCCGCCAAAUUGGUAUACCAGCCCUCGAACAUGACAGCAACGAGACACGUCUAACACGACCCUCACANGCGGUCGAGAAUCUCGUCGGCUUCUCUACAGCACAACCCUCGCUAUUCAAAUACCAAGACCUCACACCCGUCAAGGACAUGAAACUGCUCGUCCGCGACUACGCUCCCAUCGCAAAGAACGUCCUCACAAUCCUCGUAAACAUUUCUUCCGACGAACAAGUUCUCAAGUACCUCGCCGAAGACGAUCAAUUCCUUGAAGUCCUAUACUCGCGCAUCACAAACGCAAAAGAGGAAAAUGCAGACGAAAUGGCCAUGCUGCUUGCAAACCUCACAAAACACGAACACCUCAAGACACUGCUCACACUCAAACGCGACAUCCCCAAGCCGCUAUCCACAUCUCCGUUUGCCAUUGACCAAUUGCUGGAUCUGUUCGUCAAGGGCCAAGAAGGCAGUUACAACGAAAAGGCAAACUUCGACUAUCUCUGCUACGUCUUUGCCGACAUUUCAAAAUACGAGGAAGGACGCAAGCACUUCCUCACCCCGCGCGAGGAAGAUGAAAACAUCAUCCCUCUCACAAAACUCAUCGUCUUUACCGAGCACAAGUCGACAAUUCGCCGCAGAGGUGUGGCCUCCACAAUCAAAAACGCCGCUUUCGAAUCAGACGUCCACGCCAAAAUGCUCUCCACGGAUGAAACCAAUGGCGGGCUAAACAUUCUACCUUACCUCCUCCUCCCACUCAUGGGUCCCGAAGAGUACGAAGACAAAGACAUGGACACCAUGCCCGAAGAACUGCAAUUGUUACCUCCAGACAAGACCCGCGAGCCCGAAACCGAUAUUCAAAUCAUCCACCUCGAAACCCUGCUCUUGCUCACCACAAACAGACAAGGCAGAGACUUUUUGCGAGAAAAGAACGUUUAUGCCGUGAUGAGGGAGCUUCAUUUGCAUACUGAAAGUCCGGAUGUGCAGGAGGCUUGUGAUAGAGUCGUACAGAUAAUCGCUAGAGAUGAGNNGGAGGGUGAGGAGGCACCGCAACCGCCAAAGGUGCAAGAGAUUGAUGAUGAGGAUGAAUUGGUCGAGGACAACUCCAUUGGCAGGAACAAGGCAAUUGCCUUGUUUGCUCUGAUAUACCGCCGCUACACGUUGGGAGAGAACUUCGAAUGGUCGGAUCCAGUUGAUGAUCUGCAGUUGAGACGCGAUGGCAAAGAUUCAGAUGACACGAGGGGAAGCGCGUAUCAAGCCGUUGACUCUCGCACUGAACGUGGUGACGGUAGUCGCAUUACCCCUGCCCUGGAAUUUGGGAGAGAGGGAAGAACACUCAUCCACGGACUCAAGGAUCCAGGUGUUUCUUCUGCGGUCGUGGAGGAGACGCGGGAAGUAAUCGCCUUUGUACAUGAACUCGAGGACAGCGGAGAAGAUUUCUGCUUCUUCAAGCGUUACGUGUGCGAGCAGCUUGGAGGGGUGGAUUGUCGGCGACCUUUUGGCGAGCGUAGGAAAAGGAAAGAGGAUUGGAGAUUGGAAAUGACUACUUAUGAUCGAGGUUGUCACGCACCCCUGGCGCGAGGCUGGAGGUUGCACGCAGCCGAUUGGGCGCGUGUGGUGUAUCAGGCAGCAGCGGCCAUUAUCGUGCAGGAACUGGGCCAAGUGUCGACCAANCCCGUGCCGGGCACUCAGGUGCAGCUCGCCGAAGAAGGCAACGUCUUUCUUUGGGAGGUCAUCAUGCAGGGCCCUGAAGACUCUGUUUACGCCGUGUGUAACGCUGUUUCUUUGUCAAUGACUCACAAUGCUGACCUGCGCGCANNGAACGCCAAGUUCAAGAUCGAAGUCUCGCUUCCCAAGGAAUACCCCUUCAAGCCGCCCACCGUCUCGUUCAAAACCAAGAUCUACCACCCAAACGUGUCCAACGACGACAAGGGCAGCAUGUGCCUGGGUAUGCUUCGCUCCGACCAGUGGAAGCCCCCAAACAAGAUUCGCGACGUUCUGAUCCUCGUCCGCCAAAUCCUCGCUGCGCCCCAGCCUGAUGACGCCGUCGAAAGUAGAAUUGCCGACGAGUACAAGAACAACCCGGACGUCUUUGAGAAGAAUGCAAAGGAUUUUGUCGCAAAGUACUGCAAUGUGGCCAGUGCCGCAGCAUUCAGUAUUGCUCGCGUGAGUGCCAGAAGAACGACUGGCCCGACCACAAGGGAGAAUGUCAACAGCGACCCGACGAAUCAGCAGCUCAACCUCCACGCAAUCGUACAAGAAUGCAACGAGGAUGACAAUAGCUUCAUCUACUAUCUCAAGACAUUGACCCCUCACCUCUACGACGUCUCUGUGUCUGGCCUCUACUACCCACCCGAGACUCUCAUCCCGCAGAUCAUGUGCCAUGACACUGGAAAGCCGUCGCUCGACUCACGCAGGAUUGUAGUUGCAGAGCUCGAGGAGCUUCCUUGCCUCGCAACACACACCAUGUUGAAAGGCCUGAAAAACAUUGUCGCGUCCAUUCUUGAUCCUAGAAUCAGACUAGACGACAUUCCGACUCUUCAGGCCAUCGAUCUCGAAGAACUCAACCAGAAGGGCUACAUCAAUCUACCGGAUUCAGACUUUCCCAUAAAUCCCGACUUUGAGAAGAAAGCAAAGGAACAUGUGACUGGUGCCUAUAUCCGACAGUUGCGAGGGUGGGAUCCUAUCAUCCCUGCUAUUCACCCCAUCUUCCUUCCACGAAGAUGGAAAAAUGGUUCUCAAGAAGACUACAAUCUCUUGACCCCAUCCAUCAAGUUGGCAAGUAGGCUCUUGGAUGAGCCUCAGAUGUUGGAAUAUGUCAAAGGGUUUCUGAAAGAACCCUUAGCGCAAAUCAACGACCAGGAAUUAAUCAAUAGAUUUGGGCAGCCAUUGCACACUUUCAAUCCUGAACCUCUGCGUGAUUGGACCUCGGAAGAAGUCUGGCAUACUUUGUUGAUGCUGAAAGAUUGCAUCUCGUUCGAGUUCUCGCAAUAUUUGCCUUACGGGUGUCCCGGGAUGACUCAAGCUGGAGACACAGGCUCAACGAUUGUGAUUGGUGCAAGCUCUGCCAAAGUAACAUUUAGUAACCAAUUCCUGGAUGUAUUUCGAGGCAAGCUCAGAGCGAGCAGAUACUCAGUACCAUGGAAUCCUGGCAAUCACGAUGAAUCUGCGGUGCUGCGUGCCCAAUUCGUACUCGCUACCAUGCUUGUCCAUGAAGUGAUGCAUUGCCUCUGGAUCACUUCCAACCCUACCUACAUGCAACACUACGCUGCACCCAAAAAGCCAGAAUGGAAGAAUCCUCAAGAGCCAUACUUCCGUGAUGGCCGCAUCAAUGAAUUGGGCGCUUGCUGGGAAAACCAUGUCUUUGGCGGUGCUGUCCAAAUGCUGAGUACUCCCUACAGCGCCAUCAUGCCUUACGGCCUGACCACUUCACCCUUCCCUGGCAUCUGGGAUUGGUACCCUUCCGCAAUUACUCGCGGAGAUCCAACUGACCCAACCAAAUGGGGCAUCAGGUGGGAAACCAAAUACCUCAUCGAGAUGAAGCACAUCCGCAAAAUGUUUACAAACGAAAUGUGGGACGAAGUGCAAAGAUAUGGUAUCAAGAGAUUGAGAAGGAAGAGAAAGUUGGGGUAUAGGACUUAUCUCGAUCUUGACAAGAUGCCGGGGUUGGCACCUGGUGAGGCUGCUCCGGGAGUACCGCCCUCGCCGCAUUCGAGUGUGGCCAGUAGAGAUGGAGAGGAAGAUCAUCGUGGUGUUGUGAGACAUGAACCUCCGUCAGCUACAUUGUCGAACAGCUUUAUGAUAGUGAGC